AUGUUUCUUGUUAAAGCACAAAAUCGAGCACCACGGAUCAAAGAGCACCCAUCCAACACAGUAUCAGGCCGGAGCGAACCGGCCACUUUAAGAUGUGUGGUUGAAGGUCGGCCAAAACCAGCCGUGCACUGGUUCAAGGAUGGGUUUCCCUUGCCACCAGCUGACGAUGGACACAGGGUUAUGUUAGAAGAUGGGUUGUUAUUUCUUAGGGUUAAUCGAGGGAAGAAGGAAAGCGAUGAAGGUGUUUAUUGGUGUGUAGCACGAAACAUUGCCGGAGAGGCUGUCAGUCAAAAUGCCACUUUAAAUGUUGCCAUGUUACGUGAUGAAUUUAGAGCAGAGCCAAGAGAUGUUCAGGUCGCGGCUGGAGAGCCUGCUGUAUUAGAAUGUGUACCACCCAGAGGAGUGCCCGAUGCAUCAGUACACUGGAUGAAGGAUGGACAACGUUAUGAUGUUGAAGUUAAUGGAAGGGUAACAAUAACUGAGACUGGAAGUUUAAAAAUAUUAGAAACAUUACCAAUUGAUAGUGGAGUGUUCAGAUGUGUGGGAUCAAAUAUCGCUGGAGAAAGACAGUCAAGGGCAGCUGCACUAAUCGUACUAAGACGACCGCACUUCGUCACAAAACCCACCAACAUCACAGCGUUAGUUGGACAAAACGUUGAAUUUAAUUGCCAGAGUUACGAUACAAGCGUAAAAAUAACAUGGGUUAAGGAAGAUGGGGUUUUGCCGUCUCACGCAUCUAUAAUCCGUGGACUAUUACGGUUAGAACAGGUGUCCGCAUCCGACGCGGGCGUCUAUUCCUGCCGUGCCGAUAGCCACACUGGAACUAGCACUGCCAGCGCCACACUAACCGUAUACUCGUUGCCGCACUUCACACAGAUACCAUCCAAUUUAACCGCAUGGGAGGGUGACGUUGUGUCAAUUCCCUGUGAGGCAAAAGGGUUACCGACUCCUACGACCUUCUGGAUUUUAGAGGGAAUCGAGGACAAUCUAUUGUUUCCGGAAUGUACAAAGAGCAAUUCGAGUUUACUGUAUUUGGAUGGGGUGAAUGUUGAGCACAGCGGAAGAGUUAUUUGCGUCGCGGUCAAUUCGGCUGGGAGCGUGAUGCAAGAGGCUCAUUUGAACGUGCUAAGAAAAGGGUUAAAGAACGAUGAUGAGUUUGGGAUAAAUUACGAACACAAAAUCCGUAUGACGGAAUACGAGUUCGUUCAAGCACGGAAAUACCUGCAACAGAAUGUUCUGGUAUUAAAGAGGGUGGAAACUUUGUCGUCGACUUCGCUUAAAGUCGUGUGGGAUGUGUUAACGGAUUAUAAUGAGUAUUUAGAGGGCGUGAAGAUUUGGUAUAAUGGAACGAGUAUGAACUGGCGGAAUAGUUCUGAAGAUGUUAUUCCACAAGUGGAGACGUGUUCGAAUGGGUCUCUCCUACAUGUGGAUAAUAGUGGAUCCUCGUCUUACAUACUGUCUGGCUUGAAGGCGUAUAUGCAGUAUGACGUAUUCUUGAUGCCAUUUUACAAGAUGCUGUUGGGGAAGCCGUCGAACUCCAUGACGGGUGUCACUAAUGAAGAUGUGCCAUCGUUCCCUCCCCUAAGUGUGACAGCGGGGGUCAUAAACGCCACGUCGGCAUGGAUACGAUGGGAACCACCACCUGCGAACACGUGGAACGGAGAACUGACGGGUUAUAUGAUCGAAAUCCGCGUCGGUGGAGGCACAAACGGUCGUGUCGUGGGUCAAAUGUCUUUAGGCGCUCGAACUCGGGCCGCUGCGGCGAGCUCGUUACGUACGGGAGGGCGGUAUAUUGCGCGCGCGGCGGCUGUCACUAAACGCGGUCACGGGCCGUUUAGUGCGCCCGCGCAGAUACAUAUGUUGCCCACACAGUCGCAGAGGCAUUAUGUUCAGACCGAACCACCUCACGAUUCUUCGAUUCCGCACAUAUUUCACGAAACGUGGUUGCUGGCGCUCGGCCUAACAUUAUUCUCUGUGAUUGUUAUCGGACUUGUCAGCAUUUACUACAUCAGACGGCGAAAUGGCAUACAAAGGAAGAAGGCUACUGGCCAACCGAUAGUAACAGCACAACAGUGUUUAUUGAAUAAGGACACGAUCUGGCUGAGAGACCGUCCUGUAUUUCCUGACCCCUCGCUUGACGUCAACAGCUGUCAUCAGAGCCUGCUUCAGUCUGGCCAAUCAAGCAUCUUAAACGUGGAACCGGAAUACUGUCUGCCACAGAACUCUAUUCAAGGACUAGACACAUCGAGUGUGGACAGAAUCAAACGCCCGGAGCCCUACGCCUCGAGUGCUAUUUACACAGAACUCAAUUUCAAGGACAGCAACGACAGCGGAGAUGUCAACUGUCCAGAAAGACGAUCACACAAUAGCAUAGUUCGUUCGUGCAACGGAAGUAUUCAGUACUCUAACGAAUGUUCCACAUGCCACAGCUCAUCCAGCCGUUCCACAAACUAUAGAGACUUUAGAGAAUACAAGGAAUUCAAUAAGGAAGAAGAGGAUACGAACAGAUCAGGCUCUCGAAGCCGCCAGGACAAAAGCAAAGUUUGCCCGAAUGAUUUAGAGUACGACUACCCGCAGUGGCAUUGGCUCGGACGAGAGAAUAGUUUCAAAAUUCCCAUACAGAGGCACUCGACCGGCCGCUCUGAACAGGGCUGUCAAAUAAAUCUGUGUGAUAUACUGCCGCCGCCACCGUAUGAGAGUCCAGAAAAUAAGGGACAGCUGAAAUUGCCCUAA